GCUGACGGAGCUGGAGGUGAUGGCGGCGCUCUUUGCUGCAGCUAUUCAUGACUACGAACACACAGGAACAACAAACAACUUCCACAUCCACACCAGGUCAGAGGUGGCCAUUCUGUACAAUGACAGAUCUGUGUUGGAAAAUCAUCACGUCAGRGCCGCCUACAAGCUGAUGGCAGAAGAAGACAUGAACAUCUUGGUCAACCUGAACAAAGAUGACUGGAGAGAACUGAGAUCCCUGGUGAUAGAGAUGGUGAUGUCCACAGACAUGUCCUGUCACUUCCAACAGAUCAAGACCAUGAAGAACAUUUUGACACAAACAAACGGUAUAGACAAAGUGAAGGUUCUGUCUCUGAUGCUUCACGCCGCAGACAUCAGUCAUCCUGCAAAAGCUUGGCCACUUCACUACCACUGGACUCACAGUCUGAUGGAAGAGUUCUUCAGACAGGGAGAUAAAGAAGUGGAACUUGGCCUACCCUUUUCUCCUCUCUGUGACCGAAAAGCUACAAUGAUCGCACAAUCACAAAUCGGUUUCAUCGACUUUAUUGUGGAACCAACAUUCACUGUUCUGAUUGACACAACAGAGAAGGUGAUUGGUCCACUGAUAGAAGAGGACAGGAAGGCCAAGGAGAGUGGAAACAGAAGGUCCAGUCUGACAGGAAGUGGCUCAGUCACUGUGGAGUCGGUCCAGAGACACAGCAGCAAUCGCCAUGGGAACAGUGACGAUGGACAGAUGAACUUUUCUCUAAUGGCCAUUGAUCUGCCAGCUCUGAGACUCCACCUCUCCAGCGUCAUCGCCAGCAACAAGGAGCGAUGGAAGGAGCUGUCUGUGCAUGAACUGGCCAAGAAGGAACARGAGGAAAAACAGAACUCAGAGGUCAAGUCUGAGGUCUCACCAAGCCACAGCUCAGAUCAGCCCCAGAACUYGGAGGAUUCCCCUUCAACUGAACAGAAUGAUGAUGCAUCACCUGACCACAGGCCUGCACAUCACAUGACCUGCAACGGAGCAGAGGAAGAAGAUGAAAAAGUGCCUGAAAAUGCCUGAAGACACACUUCGGUUAAAGUCCUCGCUGUGUCUGACUGUGGCAGAUCACCAUGACAACAGGUGGCUGGGCGCAGUAACAGCAAGGGCUCAGACUCUUCUGUGUGCAGCUGAGUCAGUGGCCCUCAAAGGGCCCCAAGACUUCAUGUUUACAAGUGACUAUKGAAACAUAUUGAAAUAAACUAGUUUUCAUUUGA